AUGCAAUCUUCAACUUUAGCUUCUGAAUAAUUUGGAACUCUAUAUUAAAGUAAUUAUUCAACUACAGCUAACUCUUCUAGUUCUGCUAAUAGUUUUAGUGGUGGAUCCCAUUUUUUUAAUAAAAAACAAAGAGGACCAGUUGGAGGAAAUACUUUUUAUGCAACAAAUACCAUUCAUUAACGACAACAUACAAAUCCUUAUGAAUAAUAUGCAUAAGUUGGAUUUACAUCAUAAGAAUAAGGAACCUUAUUGAGAUUUGGAGAGUUUAAUGAAAGAAACACACAUAUAGCUCCUUCAGUUAUGCAUAUGGGAUAAGGUAGUUCUUUCAAUAUUCAUGAAUAAUCAAGCUCACAAUUUAGUUCAUAUAAACUUAGCCAUUAAUUUUCAUCAUAAAAUAUAUAAUAAAAUUAACCAGUUAGUGAAAGUUACAACUAAAUUUUCACUUUUAAAAAUUGGUCAACAACUCCACGAACUGAAGAUUUAGCUAUAUUGUAGGCUUUACUAAAAUAUAAUCCACUAAAUAGACCAUAUUUCACAGAUUAGCAUAAAUAUAUUUUGAUGAUAUGUAGAAAUCAUUAUAAGACAUUGCCUUACGCUCUUUAAAUAUUUUUGAUGGCAAUAGAAUGGGAUGAUCCUGAAUAAGUUAGGGAAGCCCAUAAUAUGAUAAAAUUAUGGACUCCUUUACCUCCUGAAGAUGCACUACCAUUAUUAGAUGCUCCAUUUGCUGAUGAAACUGUUAGAUUGUAUGCUGUAGAGAGAGUCAGCAUUUUAUCUGAUGAUGAACUGUAAUUAUAUAUGUUAGAAUUAACUUAAUGCUUAAUGUUUGAGAAACAUCUUUUCAAUCAAUUAGCAGAGAUGUUAUUAGAAAAAAGUCUUUAAAAUCCUUGGGUUGUUGGUCAUUAGUUAUUUUGGUUGCUUAAAGUAUAAUUACAUGUAAGGCCAUCUUAUGAAAGAUAUUCUCUUAAAUUAGAACAAUUACUGAUGCUUUGUGGUGAAUUCAGAUAAUAAUUAAUGAAUGAAGUCUUAGUUGACAAUGAACUUUAUAAUAUUGCAUAAAAAGUUAAAGAGGAAAAUAUUCCAAAAGAUAAUAGGGUUUCAUUUUUACAAGCUGAAUUACAUUAACUAUACCCUAAACUACCAAAACCAUUUUCAUUGGCAUUAGAUUCAAGAAUGGAAGCUUAAUAAUUCCAAAUGAGUGAAUGUUAAGUAAUGGAUUCUAAAAAAAUGGUUAAUGGUUAUCAGUAAUUCCUUAUUACAUUGAAGAUGAUGAAGACUUAUUGAUAGCUUAACCCUAAAAGAUUGUCAAAGCAAGUGAAGAUGGUUUUAUCUAAAUAAAUAUGAUAUCUGAAGAUGUUAAAUAAGGAAAAGAUGCCAAAGAUCAUACUAAUGAUUAAUAAAAUAAUAACUCAAAUAAGCAACACUUUUAAAAAUAAUCUUUAAAACUGGCGAUGAUUUUAUAUAAGAUAUGUUGA